AUGGCUCAUGCUUCGUUCCCACCAGAGGUUGUGGACAUCAUUGGAGGGUAUUUGCCUGGCCUGAUCAUAAGGCCUUUCGGUGAAGAUGAAGUGGUGACUCCGCACUACAACCCAGCAUACUGUCUCCUACAGAGAAACUUUCUGGGUGCAUUGCUUCGCUUGAGGGCUGUGCAGAGAGCACUUGUGCAAGCUCCAGCAGUGCAAGCUCCAGCAGAGCCACUGCCAAAUCCAAUCCAGGUUUUCCCCCUGGACCUGGACAUGAGUUUUUGCAAAGUGCCAACAAAUCAGCUUCCAGAGCCGCCAUUGCUGGAUUACCAGCUUCUCCAGCAGCCUAUCCUCAAGAUAUAUCCAGAAAGGCCACAGGAUGUCAUCCAAGUGUGCCCAUACCCAAUGGCUGUGUAUGUUCCAGUACCUGCUGGUGAAGACAUGCAAGACUGGAAGGAAUAUCUCUGUGAGGUUCUUUGGAGAGCGGGAUCAGAGCAGCCAGUUGCCACACCAACUGAUCACUCAGGCUUGACCCGAGGGGCGAUCAAGGUCCAGAGCGAAAUGUUCAAGGCAGUGCUCCAGAGUGCAGGUAUUGCCCAGGUGUAUGUAGGAAGAUUUGGGAUGAAGCAGCUGCUGCUGCCGAGCCCACAACAAGUCUUGAAUCAGAUUCCACAUGUACCAGAUGCUCAUACUGCUAUGGACAUUGGCCUCAUGGCAAGGGAUGAGAACCAUGUGUGGCUGUUUGGUAUUCGUUGCAGUGGACAUGGUGUCUGGCAUGACAGACGGAAUGGCUUCAAAUGGAGGGUGCUGCCCUUGGUGCCUGGUUCUCAGAGAAACCUGGGUGGGUUCAUUUAUGGAUCCCUCGAAGGAAAGCCUCAUGGAUCUGGCCCUUUUGGCAAUGAUGAAGGCAAAGCCAUACAGCUAUAUCCCCUCCUGCACCACACAAGAUUGGCCCUGACAGGACUGGACCCUGUGUGGCCAAGCCACAUGUACCACAUGAUCAACAGGAAGCAAGCUCUUCAGGACUACACCUUCCAGCUCCUGGGCCGUCUUCAUCAGGCUACUGGUGGCAGAUUCGAGACCAGAGUCAGAGCAUCAGCUGCACAGUCAUUGGCAGAGCUGCUGCCUGGAGCAAUGCUGAAUCUGGACUAUGUCAAGAAGCUGAUGGAAACAGGGUUGAUCCAGAUCAAGCGAAUUUCUCUUCAGGAAUUCAAAGCACAUGUCCUGGCAGCAUGGGCUUGGGCAGAAGCAGGAGACUGCUUUGGAUGCAUGGCUGCUCAAGGGCCUGACACAAAUGACCCAGGACAGGUAGCCUUGUUCAAGGGCAAGAGAGUGAUCUACCUCAACUUGCUGGCCACCCUUGGAUUCGCUUCUGGGAAGUGGAACACCACCCUGCAGGAACACAUCUCAGAACCUUUUGUUGGGGCCCAAGCUGAUGAGCAUUGGAUUCCAGCCCCCCAUGCAGCACCUGCAAGGGUACCUGCUGCACGUGCCAUGGCUGCACCGGCACUUGGACCAGCCAGGCCUGCAGACAUCUUCCUCGGAGGUGAGGAAUUGGAAGAUCCUGCCAGGCAGAGAGCACUGAGGCUUAUAAGCAGGGCCCCAGCUCAGCCACUGCAGCCUGCCCCCCCGUAUGAGGCACCCACACCCCAGGAAGUGUCAGGAAUCACUGUCGCUGAUCUUUGCCCAGAAGAACUCAUCAUUGAGAGCUUGCUUCCAGAUCUGAAGACAAGGGGUAAGGCAGGUGAGCGAGGCAGUGGCAAGCCAAAGUUUGCAUACAUUGGAGGCUGGGGACCCCAGGAUAAGGCCACAAGGAUCAGCAAGGGGUAUGACAGCAGAGCUUCCAUGGCCAGAGCAAUCUGGACGUGGAGCAGCAUCAACUGGUGCCACAGGGUCAAAUACAGUUUGCCCUCAUAG